GGUCACAGUGUACUAAUGACAGUGACAUGUUUAAUGGUCAGUCCCUCCCAGGGUCACAGUGUAAUAAUGACAGUGACAUGUUUAAUGGUCGGUCCCUCCCAGGGUCACAGUGUACUAAUGACAGGGACAUGUUUAAUGGUCGGUCCCUCCCAGGGUCACAGCGUACUAAUGACAGUGACAUGUUUAAUGGUCGGUCCCUCCCAGGGUCACAGCGUACUAAUGACAGUGACAUGUUUAAUGGUCGGUCCCUCCCAGGGUCACAGCGUACUAAUGACAGUGACAUGUUUAAUGGUCGGUCCCUCCCAGGGUCACAGCGUACUAAUGACAGUGACAUGUUUAAUGGUCAGUCCCUCCCAGGGUCACAGUGUACUAAUGACAGUGACAUGUUUAAUGGUCAGUCCCUCCCAGGGUCACAGUGUACUAAUGACAGUGACAUGUUUAAUGGUCAGUCCCUCCCAGGGUCACAGGGUACUAAUGACAGUGACAUGUUUAAUGGUCAGUCCCUCCCAGGGUCACAGUGUACUAAUGACAGUGAUAUGUUUAAUGUUCGGUCCCUCCCAGGGUCACAGUGUACUAAUGACAGUGACAUGUUUAAUGGUCGGUCCCUCCCAGGGUCACAGUGUACUAAUGACAGUGACAUGUUUAAUGGUCAGUCCCUCCCAGGGUCACAGUGUACUAAUGACAGUGACAUGUUUAAUGGUCAGUCCCUCCCAGGUUCACAGUGUACUAAUGACAGUGACAUGUUUAAUGGUCAGUCCCUCCCAGGGUCACAGUGUACUAAUGACAGUGACAUGUUUAAUGGUCAGUCCCUCCCAGGGUCACAGUGUACUAAAG